AUGCAUCGUGUUCAUGCAAUCCAAGCUUUUCUCGUCCUUGUUCUCUGUUCUUCCAUUGCUUCUGCUGCUAUCGUCGAACAUGUUUUCCACGUCGGAAACGUCUUGGUAAAACCGCUGUGCAAUGAGCAAAUGAUACCGGCGGUUAACGGAACUCUUCCCGGUCCAACGAUAAAAGUUAGAGAAGGAGACACUCUUGUGGUUCAUGUCAUCAACAAUUCAACUUACAAUAUAACCAUCCAUUGGCAUGGAGUGUUUCAGUUGAAGAGCUCAUGGAUGGACGGAGCGAAUAUGAUAACUCAAUGUCCGAUUCAACCAUCUAAUAACUUUACGUAUCGAUUCGAUAUCACCGGACAAGAAGGAACAUUGUUAUGGCAUGCACACGUCGUUAAUCUACGUGCCACUCUUCACGGUGCUCUAAUCAUCCGUCCGCGAUCCGGCCGUCCUUAUCCUUUCCCUAAACCGUACAAAGAAGUUCCCCUCAUUUUUCAACAAUGGUGGGACUUAGAUGUUGGACUCCUCAAUUUACGGCCAGCUCCCCUUUGUGAUGCAUACCUCAUCAAUGGCCUCGCCGGAGAUUCAUAUCCUUGCUCUAAGAACAGGAUGUUUAAGCUCAAGGUAGUACAAGGCAAAACAUACUUGCUAAGGAUUAUAAACGCGGCACUCAAUACUCACCUCUUCUUCAAAAUAGCCAAUCACAACAUGACAGUUGUUGCUCUAGAUGCUGUCUAUACAACACCUUACGUCACCGAUGUGAUGGUCUUAACACCGGGACAAAGCGUCGACGCACUUUUCACUGCCGACCAGCCCACCAGAUUGUACCACAUGUCCAUUAGCCCUUACACUAGUGCCCACGGGAUACCGGUCCCUGCUAACAACCCCAUCAAUGGCUUAAUCGUCUACGAGGGUGCCACAUCAUCAUCUCCAGCAUCGCCUUUGAUGCCUUGGAUGAAUGACGUAGCCACCGCUCAUAAAUUCUCCUCGAACAUCACUGGCCUAGUGGGUGGACCCCACUGGAAGCCAGUGCCUCGUCACGUCGACGAGAAGAUGUUUGUAACGAUGGGGCUUGGUUUAGACCCAUGUCCACCGAAAACCAAGUGUAUUGGACCAUACGGUCAUAGAUAUGCUGGCUCUCUCAACAAUCGGACUUUUAUGAUCCCGGAAAGACUUUCUAUGCAAGAAGCUUAUUUCUACAACAUUUCUGGAGUCUACACUGAUGAUUUUCCCGCCCAACCGCCGCGCAAAUUUGAUUACACAAAUUUCAAAGUCCAAACUGAUUCUGACUUCAAGAUGAUGUUUCCAGAGAGAAAGACUAGUGCCAAGACAAUUAAGUUCAAUUCAACAGUUGAGAUCGUUGUGCAAAACACAGGAAUAAUCAGCGCAGAGAGCCACCCUAUGCACCUUCACGGCUUCAAUUUCUAUGUUGUGGGUUAUGGAUUCGGUAACUAUGAUCCAAUCCGCGAUGCAAGCAAGCUAAAUCUAGUUAACCCGCAACUACGCAAUACAAUCGGCGUACCACCUGGUGGAUAUGUUGUCCUUCGAUUUAUCGCCAAUAAUCCUGGUGUAUGGAUGUUCCAUUGUCACAUGGAUGCACAUUUACCAUACGGAAUCAUGAUGGCUUUCAUAGUUCAAAAUGGACCAACUCCGGAUACGAGCUUGCCAUCUCCUCCGUCGAAUCUUCCACAAUGCACUCGGGAUCCAACCAUCUACGAAUCUCCCAAGGCUAACGUUGAUUUGUCUUACUAG